AUGGAACAGUGUUACAAAGACGACUGUGGAUCCUCACUUGGAUUCAUAGUUGAAAAGAGAAAAGACAUAGAAAAAGAUCAAGCUGAAGAUGAUGAGAAAGAACCUAAAAGUAUCAGUCUAAGGGAAGAAGAAGAAGAAGAUAAUGAUGAUAGAGCUAACAGUAUAGAUCUAGAAGGAGAUGUGGAAGAAGAAGAAGAGAAGAAGCAUAUGUGUUCUGAAUGUGGUAAACAGUUUAUGUCUGGUAAGGCUUUAGGAGGUCAUAAAAGAAUUCAUGUGCUCGAAAAUCAGAACAAGUCUGGUGAAUCCGAAAUUGAUUGUAGUGUUUGCCAUAAGAAGUUUACAUCAAGGAAGGCUUUAUAUGGACACAUGAGGUUUCAUCCAGACAGAGCAUGGAAAGGAGUUUUGCCUCCUUCUCCUCCUCAUCCACUUGGUAAUUCAUCCUCUUCUACACUCUCUACUGAUGAUCAUCAUGUUGGUGAGUUUACAAGCUCGGAUCAUGAUGAUGAUGAUGAUGGUUAUGAUAACAUUGAUGCAAAGGAUCAGAUUGAUGAAUCAGAUAAUAUUGAUGCUAAGGAUCUAAUGCUCUUAGCUACUACUGCGGAAGCUGUUAAUCUCGAUGUUGUUGAGACUUGUGAUUCACACUCUGCCGAAGAUAUGAAGAAGAAGAAGAGAAGGUUACCUGAGAUAGAGAAAGUAUCAUCAUCAUCUACUCAUGAUCAUCAUCAUCAGCUUGGGGAUGUUGCUGCUGCAGCUGAGGAAGGUGGUGGUGCACGUGAGAAGCACGUGUGUGUGACUUGCAACAAGUCGUUUACUUCUUAUCAAGCUUUAGGAGGUCAUAGAGCAAGUCACAACAAGGCCAAAAUUUUGGAGAAUCAUCACGCUAGGGCAAACAGGGAAGCUUCAUUACUUGGAACCGAAGCAAUGAUAACCGGUUUAGCUAGUGCUCAAGCAUCAAACACAUCUUUAAGCCGUAGCAAUAAUGGAGAUCACGUUUGUGACAUUUGUCACAAAAGUUUCCCAACAGGUCAAGCUCUUGGAGGUCAUAAGAGACGCCAUUGGACUGGACCAGUUUCUAGUGAAGCUGCAACCGCUGAUCCAACCGCUCCAGCAGCAGGUUCUUCUCAUCAAGUAACAGAGACAGUGCAAGAGGUGAAGAAAUUUGAGUUUGACUUGAAUGAGCUGCCACCUAACGAAGAGUAA